UUUGCUUAGCAGCGCAGUAAACUCUACAGUUGAAUAAACAAGCAAACGUACAAAAUGUAUUUCAGAUCUUAAUGAUUUUGCGAUUGUGUCUUAGGAAACCUUGCUGAUCAUCGGUGAUGUAGUGUGGUACGGAGAAAAUAUGACGUUUUUCUGGAUCCGCAAUAGAUCGGCCUUUAAAAUGAGUAUCGAGUCAUCACUGUGCGAAGGUGUUUUGUUAUUUUUGCACUGAUAAGAACGUUACUGCCGACUAACCGACGGUAAUGGUCUCCUUAGAUAAAAAAAUGAUCUCGGAACGGAGGUUCAAGUUUGCUAAAACGUUCCUGAAGUUAUUGUUGUGCGUCUCUUUGGUAUGCUUUAUUCAUGCCAUCGAUGCUCGGGCGGACAACAUUUCUCGUGAUGCAGCCAGUAGCGCCAGUAAUAACGGAACUGCUUCCAAUUCACGGUUCGAUCACCACGAGUAUGCCUACGUGUCUAGUUGGCCGAUUGUUGAUCGAAAACUGGGAUCUGUUUCGGCUGUGGAUUUUGAUUGCACCGGAAACGUCGUGAUCUUUCAUCGAGCAUCGCACGUAUGGUCGCUUGGAUCGUUCGAUACGGAAAAUCGCUUUCAGAACGCAACAGAGGGUCCCAUAGCGCAGCAUACAGUGCUAACGUUUAGUAGCGUUACUGGCCAAAUAAUUCGUGAAUGGGGUGAAAAUCUAUUCUACAUGCCUCAUGGACUAGCGAUCGACCACGAGGACAAUUAUUGGCUAACGGAUGUUGCCCUUCAUCAGGUGUUUAAAUUUGACUUAAAACAUUCGUUAUCAGAGCCUGUGCUAGUGCUGGGACAACGAUUUGAGCCCGGUCAUGACAUGGAACAUUUCUGUAAGCCCACUUCCGUGGCAGUACUGAAGAACGGGGACUUUUUUGUCGCGGAUGGUUAUUGUAAUGGGCGUAUCAUAAAGUAUUCUCCAGACGGACAACCACUGCUGAUGUGGGGUCGUAAUUCCUUUAUACUGACGCGUACGUUUGAGCUUCCCCAGGGACCGGUUCCGGAGAGUUUUUUUGCGAUUCCGCACGCUCUCACGCUAGUCCCGGAUCGUGGACUAUUGUGCGUGGCUGAUCGCGAACAGGGUCGGGUGCAAUGCUUUCACACUGCUAAUGGAACAUAUCAUUCCCAGUACUCCAGUCCCGAUAUCGGGGGCCGUUUAUUUAGCGUGAAAUAUGUUGCAACGAAUGGUGGACUGCUAUACAUCAUUAAUGGACCCCAGUUCACGAUUGAUGUGAAACCAGUACAAGGGUUCAUACUCGAAAUGCAGACCGGAAGAGUUGUGGGUAGCUUUCAACCAAACAACUUACUGCAUGCAUUUGCAAACCCUCACGAGCUUGCCGUAACUCGUGACGGGGCGGAAGUAUACGUAGCUGAACUGAAUCCCCAAAUGGUGCACAAAUUUCGAAGAAUUGUUAAAGUAAGUAAUGCUUUGUUGCUACAAGAGACCUUCAGUACGGAGGCGCUUGUAAAUGUAAACGAUAAAGCACAUUUCGAUUCAAACCCAUAUAAUCAGCCUAUGUUUGGUACGGGCAAUAGGGUUUUAACCGCUAGUUCGAUUGGAAUCUUUUCCAUUGUAAGCACUCUUCUGGUAACCAGUUUGUUGGUGAUACUAAUGGCCCGCGUUAUUUGCUUUCGCCCUGGAAAUAGUAUUCCACGUAUGGACGAACUACCAUUGCGAAAUAUGGGUGAAGCCUAGCAAGAGGAUCGCAAAUCUUAAUUAUUGUUACAGUAGCAACUGCGCGAACUGUGAUCUAAACAAACCAUUAUAGCAUUUGGCUUGUUAGCUUAAAUCCUGUGUCUUAAGAUUCAGCAAAUGUUUCCGUUCUUUUCCAAAAUUCAAUUUAUGUCAUUUAAUUUUAGUAGUUGAUGUU